UCUUCGGGAUUUGUUGAUUUAUAGGACCAUCAUUUGUCAAAAAUUAUUUACAAAAUGCGAAGCAGGAAAAUAGCAGUCUGCUGUUUCGUGUUAGCAUUGAUAAUAAGCUGUGUUGUGGCGACGACGUUGGACUGCUCCGUCAAACCAGGUUGCCAGAUCGCAAAAUGUGAUCCUGCCCCAGCAGCAUGGAACAGCGUCGGUUAUGAUGUUACUGAAUAUCUCUCAAAAACACAGUUCCCGAUAACAUGUGAAACAAGAAACACUGUCGUCGAAGAAGAUAUUUUAGGACCCAAUUUAGAACGGGACGAGAAGAAGAGAAAUGAAGACAAUAGAAACAUAGAAGCUCAACUGAAAGAAAUGCAGAAAAUCAAUACACAACUUCAGAAAAGAGUGGAAAAAAUGGAAAGUAAUUACCUUCAAGUUGUACAAAAGAUAAUGAAUUUGGAACGGAACGCUGCAAUGAAGACAUCAAACGAGCACGUCGUUCUAAAUGAAACGGAUGAGAACACCGGCACAUCCGAAUUGAUGAAAAGUUCUCAAAACUGUGAGGUCUUCGUCGACGAUACUUGUUACUACACCGAUGUUCGAAAUCAAUAUUCUAUAACUUUCACAAGUGCCGUAAACAUUUGUAGAAAAAGUGGCUCGAAAAUUGCUCAGUUACGAAGUAAUGUCACAUUUGAACAAAUAUCAGAGAAUUUAAGAGCAAAAAUUCCGGAAGGAAAUUACACAGUGUCGGUGUGGCUCGGGUCAACGAUAAAUACUUCGACUAUUCAAAUCAGUGCACCCGACAGUUUCUUAAAAUGGUACCCAAAUAAUCCUCGAGCAGGCAACUCAAAUUCGCCCUAUUCCAACAUUUAUAUCACGGUCGCCAGGGAUAAGAAGCACAAAUAUCAGGGAAUGGUCAAUUAUUACCCAUCCUUGAAGAGACAGGGAGUCGUGUGUGAAUUCUGAAAUCGUGAAACGGGUUUGUUGACACUGGAGGUCGUUACUUGAAGCAGUGAAAUGCGCUAUUUUAUAGGUUGCGUUAAAACUGUACUGGCUCAGUUAUGAGCCAAGAUUUUACCUUUUUCAUUUUCAUAGUUGCCAGUAAUAACUUUCUUAAAUCAGGUAUUGGAGCGUUGAAACAUUGCUUAAUUUUAAUCUGCACAGCUUUUUACUCCCUGAAUGCCAGUUUCAUCUAUUCAAUUCACCUCAACAUCAUUGAACACCUAUCAUUUUUGUCAAGCUAUUUACAAACUUGAUAAUAAAGCGGACUACAAAAAUUAUGGCUAUUUUUUUUUUAUCUCCCCUCACUUUACUAACUUUCUGGUGCAUAAAUUAAAGCACAAAUAUAAACUGGCAUAUUUCAGUGGAUUCUGGCACUAUUUUAACAAGAUUUGGGCUGAAAC